GAAAUAAUUAAUUGUAACAUUGGCAACAUAUAAAAACAUACCCUACUACUCCCUUAGAGAACACUCUGAAAAAGAAACUAAAGAAGAAACAUUUCAAGGAUUAUAAAUACCAAUUUUCAAGACUCUAAGGCCAAAUAAAUGUAAAUUAUGAAAAAGGAACCCAUUUUAUUGACAUGCAAUUAGGAAAAUAUUGUUUUAGAGGAUGUAGAAAAAUCAAUCUUAUUAGGCAAAGAAGUUAAUCAAACACUACAAUGAAAUGAAGAAGAAGUUUAAAAAAUGAAUAAGAAAUCCAACAAAUCACCUGAGCAAAUUCAUAAUGGUCAGAUAAGUGAAAACACAUUAUCUGUUAAGGUGAGCGACAAACCUUUUGAGCAAUCUUCUUUCGAACAAGCAAAUAUCGAAUUACAAACGUACACAGCUGGUGUCGACACACCAAAGAAAUUGAAUGACAAAACAUGUGGAAGCUUUGUACCGGAUAAGAGUACUACGACUUAUGACCCUAACAGUUCCACUUCCACGGAGAGUGAGGAGGAGACAAAGCCUAAACCUAGCCAAAGACGCGUCACAAAAGGCACUAAUAAGUAUAGAGACCAUGAUGUUUGCAUUGCAAUACCUGCGGGAGCGAAAGGCAAUAUUCGGAUAGUUGGUAAUUCGGUUGCGCCAGUAAAACAAGUAGAGUUCGCUUUAUAUGAUGCGGUCUGUGGGACUACACCAGAAAUAUCAUCCAGUGAACAAAGUUAUUUAAAAAUGCAAAAAGACACUAAUGCAUUUCGUGUGGGUAACGGAGGGCGUAGUUUAUUUACGAAAGGUUCAAAGAUCAAUGGUGCUUCUUUUGAGGGUGAAAAUAGGGAAUCGCCAAUGCAUAUAGAUCCACAUAAUGUUCAAGGAACUUUGAUAAAUGAAAGCAAUGGAGGUACAAAAACGGAGGAGUUACUUGGCAACUCAAGAGUUGGUGAGAGAACGAUAGUCAUAUCUGUUCCAGAAAAUAUUCAAACAUAUCAGGGGGAAUCGCAAACAGGAAAAAAAUCUCAUUCUCAAACUAACGGAGAUGAUGUUGAAGCCAGUGCUGCGAUCUCUAGAUCUCAUGGCAGCAAUUUUACAAAACCAUUAGUUAAUGCAACUACAUUGGACAUGGAGACGCUGUCAGCUCUAUUACAAAAACCUGGCGUUCGAGGCAGAGAUAAUCAAAUCGAAAUGGACACUAUAUCAAAAGUGGCAUCUAAAUCAAGCGCUAGAAUAAAUCCACUGAAUAAAAGUGUCAGCAAACAAUCAUCUAAGAAGAAACCAGAAGUUAUAGGAAGUAAAAUAGCCAUUAAAAAAUCCAGACUCUCUUUACUAAGAUCAUCCAUUCCAAAACCAUCGCCAGUUAGCUCUUGGAGAAAGCCUUCGGUGAAACUUCAUACACCAAAAAACAGCAUUCAAGGGAGCUCUUCAAGACCUUCAAAGAAAUAUAUAAUACAAGAGAUUGUGGUUGUACCAGAAGAAGAACUAAGCAAGCAAUUUACAGAUGUUCUUCCACCCAAACCUGUUGAUGGAGUCUUCCAUAAAGAAAAUGUGAUGUCUGAACGUGAAAUAAGAUUACAUGACUUUAAUAGUGGAUAUUCUAUUGAGAAUGGUAAUCAGCUAUUGCUACCUUCCUCCAAUGAAAUUACAGUCCCAAUGCACCAGAGUAAUACUACUAAUACCGGUACUAAUGCAGUAGAUUCUCCAUACGCAAACGAGCCCUUAGCGUUUAACCUCAUCGAUGAUGAAAAUGCAAAAAAUGGUCCUAAUCAGAAUACUAGUAAUCGACCGACCUCAUCUCAAAGGUACACUUUUAACCCAAUACAUGACAGGGAAGUCCCAACUGAAUACAAUGCUAAAAAUAAACCCAUAUUCAUUGACCCUGCAACACACAGAAUCAUUAUGGAAGCCAUAAAAGCAUCUAAUGACUAUUCUGGUGUAGUUUCUUUUCCAACUAGGAUGCCGGAGGAAGAAACUAGCCACACAUUUCAACAUGAGAUCAAACACCAUGGAAAGACUGAUCCCUCUGAAAAUACAGUAGCAUUUGAAGAAGUAACUGUAAAGGGGGAUAAAGAUGAUUUGGAUAAAUUUCAUACAAGCAACCUACAACAAAGUGAAUUUUCAAAAACUAAGAGAGAUAGAAGUACACAAAAAACAGAAAAAAAUCUGAGAGAAUCAUUUGAUAGAGACGAAAAAUUAAAUUUUGAAAUUCCUGAAGAACUUAUGUUAAAUACAGGUCAUCCAUUUAGAGGUAAUGACGAUAACAAUGUUUCUACGGCGGUUCUAGCAUAUCCUAGCCAUAUUGUACAUCGAACGCCCUUAAACUUAGAGAGAAAAAAGAGCCAAAGCGGAACAAAAAAACGCAAAACAAAAACAAAAAGUUAUAAGAAACUUUCACUAAAAAAGAAUACACUCAAGGACAGUAACGUAAUUGGAACUAUUUUAAGUUUUAGUGAGCCACUAAUCAUAAAAGACUCUCAGACUGGUUUGGAUGUAUGCAAAGAAGUUCCUUUUAUAGCAAAAAGAACUAAACAGAACAAGCACAAACAAGUUGUGCCUGAAACCAUGGUUUACGUGGGUAAACUUCCAAACACGACCUAUAAUGUAUUCUUUUCCCCAGAAAAUACUCAAUCUUAUCAGGGUGAUAAAUAUAGUGUUGGCAAGAAAAGUGAGCCCAGUGAUCAAAGUGUUCGCAGUGAUAUGAAGAGCGUGAAAAUUACCGAGAGUGAAAAGCUACACGCUCUAGGAGCUCUGGGGCCCAAGGGGAUUUUGAUUUUUGUUAAUAAGAAAACUGAGUUGAAUAGAAAUCCUUUCGAUGGAAAUGUAAGGUAUGCAGACGAAGAAGAUUACUAUGAUCAUAAGCACAAAAGCAGACCAGAUGAUUCAAAAUCAAUUAAGUCUUGGAAAACCUACAACGAAGAUGAAGAAGACAAAAAAAGUAGUAAGCGAAAAAGCAGAUCAGAUGACACAAAGUCCAAAAAGUCGCAAAAAUCCUAUGACGAAGAUGACGAAAAGCAUAGUAAAAGCAAAAGCAGAUCAUUUGAUACCAAGUCCAAAAAGUCUGGGAAGUCAGAGCAAGGUUCGGAUCUUGAUGUCACAAGUUUUCGAGAUCCGAAACAUCAGCUUUCAUCUCAUGAUGGCGUCGUCAUUGAGAGAUCACCAAGUGGUUUAAAAACGACCAAGAAAUACCCUUGUGGCUGUAUAAAAAUAACCAGAAUUGAUCCUGAAAAAGAAACUGUAACUGAAGAAAUAACAUCUGCAUUCUGCCGAGACGGAAGUAACUGUGAGAUCAGCCAGUCACAAAAGGGCGAACGGCUGAUAAGAUAUGUAGACGAUGGCUCUGGGUCUGGGAGAAGAAGAACUAAAAGUGGCCGAAUGCCGGAAUCUCCUCAACUUGACAUUGUAGUUGAAGGACUGGUGAGCAGAAAACCAAUCAAACCACAGGCUCCAGCUCAGAAAAUGAAAGGAGCAAACCUAACAGGGACUUUGACUGUCAAAACCAACAGAUGCAAUGGAGUGUUGAACCUGUACAUUGAUCCAAGGCUGAGGAAGUGUAUUCGAGAUAAUUUAGCAUGCAUGAUGAACAACACACAUGAUAGAUAUAGAAGGCAUUCGUGAUAGAGGUGUCGGAGCCUGAUGCAAAACGAUUUUUAUUAAAUCAGAAGAUUGUAUUUAACUGUUUAGUUAAAAAUAUGAUAGCACUCAACAAAACAAAAUAAAAUAAUAAAAACA